AAGCCCCUGAACCCUACUCCCUAUCCUCGCUCCAUAGUCCUGGGGUUAGAAUAGAGUUCCCUCUUAUUAAAAAAAAAAAAAAAUACUGCAAGUUUAACCAACUUCCUUUUCUCAGAAGUCCGAGCCCCUCCCUCAUUUUUGCCCUUUUUGAGACCUGGGAACUAUGGGUUCUUUUCUUAAGAUGACAUGCCCUUAGAAUCCCACUAGUCCUAGACUCAAUCACCAUCCUUUUUUAAAUUCUUCAGCCUCCAUGGCACCAGGCUCUCCCUCUUUCCAACCCACUCCUCAAUGACACAUGCUCGGACUAGGAUCUGGCCAGACACCAAACGUAAUGAGGGUGCUGUCUAGAGGGAACUAAAUUUCUCUCUGGUGUCUGUAUCUCACUGAGGGGCGGGGACCCCGUAGAGAAGUGGUUAAAAGCCUAGACUGGGAUUGCAAGUGCAGUGACUCGCCUGGGGCUGUUUGGGGGAGGGUCUUCUAGAGGACCCGCCCUGUCCCGCCCCAGCCAGGCAGCAGCUAGGGACCUGGAGCAGCUGCAGGGAGCUGGGCGGGACGGGACUAAACCCACAGAGUACUAAACAGGGAAGGGGGGAGGGUCCGGGGCAUGAGCAGGGUGGGGGGGUCCGAGGAGGCGAGGUGCCAGGCGGCACUAGGGAUCCUGGCCUCGUUAUGUCAGGGCCAGCCGCCCCCCCAGGGUCUGGACUUGGAGACUUGUAGGAGUUUCGAGCAGCAGCCCCCGGAACGGAGUCCAAGUUCUGCUGAUACAGCUGUGUUGGAUGCCCUGGAGGAACAAGGAGGCCUCCAGCCCCUCUUCUACUAACCCUACCUUGGCGGCCCCCCAGAGCCCCAGCCUCAGCCCCAGAGACACGAUGGCCGACAAGGUGAAGGACCCCAACGCCCUUGGCUUCCUGGAGGCGGCGGUGAAGAUCAGCCACACGUCGCCGGACAUCCCGGCAGAAGUGCAGAUGUCCGUUAAGGAGCACAUCAUGCGUCACACAAGGCUGCAGCGUCAGACCACGGAACCGGCCUCAUCCACCAGGCACACCUCCUUUAAGCGCCACCUGCCCCGGCAGAUGCACGUCUCCAGUGUGGAUUACGGCAAUGACCCCCCACCUGCGGCCGAGCAGCCUACCAGCAUCGGCCGCAUCAAGCCCGAGCUGUACAAGCAAAAGUCUGUCGACGAUGAGGAGGGCAAGAACGAGGCCGCCAAGACUUGUGGGAAGAUCAACUUCAGCCUGAAGUACGACUAUGAGAACGAGACUCUGGUGGUCCGGAUCCUGAAGGCCUUUGACCUCCCUGCCAAGGACUUCUGUGGCAGCUCAGACCCCUACGUCAAGAUCUACCUCCUGCCUGACCGCAAGUGCAAGCUGCAGACCCGCGUCCAUCGCAAGACCCUGAACCCCACCUUUGACGAGAAUUUCCACUUCCCCGUUCCUUAUGAGGAGCUGGCGGACCGGAAGCUCCAUCUCAGCGUCUUCGACUUUGACCGCUUUUCCCGCCACGAUAUGAUUGGGGAGGUUAUCUUGGACAACCUCUUUGAGGCUUCUGACCUGUCCCGAGAGACCUCCAUCUGGAAGGACAUUCAGUACGCCACCAGCGAGAGUGUGGACUUGGGAGAAAUCAUGUUUUCCCUCUGCUACCUGCCCACAGCAGGUCGUCUCACCCUAACGGUAAUCAAAUGCCGUAACCUCAAAGCAAUGGACAUCACGGGCUACUCAGAUCCCUAUGUCAAAGUGUCCCUGCUCUGUGAUGGGCGGAGGCUGAAGAAGAAAAAAACCACCAUAAAGAAGAAUACACUCAAUCCGAUCUACAAUGAGGCCAUCAUCUUCGACAUUCCACCAGAGAACAUGGACCAAGUCAGCCUGCUCAUUUCUGUGAUGGAUUAUGAUCGAGUGGGUCACAAUGAGAUCAUUGGAGUCUGCCGAGUAGGGAUCAGCGCCGAAGGCCUGGGGAGAGACCAUUGGAAUGAGAUGUUGGCUUAUCCACGGAAGCCCAUUGCACACUGGCAUUCCUUGGUGGAGGUAAAGAAAUCCUUCAAAGAGUGGCAGGGCCGAGCUGCAAGCUUUGACAGCCAGGGUUCCUGCCCAUCUCCAAAACCUCCUCCAACACCGUGAGAUGCAUGGCCAUGGAACACCAACGGGACUAAGCGAUGUUAUUUUUGCCCUUGUUCAACAGUCUAAGUGCAGGCGUUACCCUGCAGCAGCCGCCAGUCACUCACUCCAGAGUCUUAAAUGUUCCUGCCGUAGGUCAAGGCUGAGAAAUUUCUUGUGUGGUCAGAUUUGUCUUAGUCUUUUCUGUCUCCCAAGGUGAUUUUUUCAUUUGUUUAUUCGUUGGGGUUUUUGUUGUCGUUGUUGUUUUGUCGAUGUUGUGGUGGUUUUCACUUUUCCAGAUUUGCAAUCGAGAAAAAGAUGAGGGGCAAAGAAGGGGGAAUAAAGGGCAGAGUGCCCCAAGAUUUGUCAAAUAAAGUUUAGAUUAGUAGUGUUUUCUGUGGAGGUGGUGAAGCUUUGAAAUUCUGAGCCUCCACCAAGGUCACCCCACUCCUGAAGAGGAAGGAAUCUGAGCUGGGCUAGCCCUUUCAUUUUCAGAAUUCCCUACCAAGGGGACCACUUUUAUAGCCAGUGUUGGGUGACCUUGACUCAUCCAAACCCUUGGCUGACUAGUAUUUAUAAAAUUGAGAUUUGGAUUUUAAAAGUAUAAUCAUUUUGAAAUUUUGACCAAAUUUGAGUAGGGGGGAGGUGAGAUUUGUAUAGGGGGGAGGGGAGUCCCCAAGUGUGUUUUUUCGCAUGAAUUGAAAUAAGUUGCCUUUUUGAGAAAGCAGAAAUGUUUUCUGAGGGAAGAGUUUUGCUGAAGCCAAACACGCCGAAUGUUUCCUGGAUCCCAGCAGCUAAUGGUGACAUUUGUUUGCAAACGGGAGCUUUGUUCUCAAAAUACCCCUAAUUAUGAAGAAAGAAAGGCAUAUAUAACAUAUGUUUGGGAAUGAUUCGCAGUAAUAUAUAGUUUUCAAAUUUCCAUGAGAUACCAAACAGCUGCUGAAAACAUUCAAAUGGGCCAAAAGGAAACCCCGAUAAAAGAUGAAUUUCCGAAUAGUAAGUUUUGGGAUCUGGGGUACCACCCUCUCUCCAUCUUGCCGCGGGACCCAUAUUUUCUACUGAAGUCAUCAGUUAAUCUGCUUUGGCAAACUAUGGACUUUGGAGAUACUUUUCAUCUUCAACUUUAAUUCUGUAAAUUGCUAAGUACUUUUGUGUUAUUUGUUUCCAUAUUAAUAAAUGGGUUUUCUUUAGCUAUCUACUUUAGGUCAGAUUCAAGGGAAAAGUUGAUAAUCUUCUGUACCCACAUUUCUGUUAAGUCUGAGUUAGUGGUGGAUUUGGAGCCCACGGCGAAUCUCCAUGCCAGAUCAGAGCUCACUACUGCAAAAAUUGGAAAAUCAACGUAUUUAGGGCUUACCAGGGCUGAGCUAGAGAGGCCCAUUAUCAACCAAUGGAAGGUCAAAUACAUAAAACCCAUUCACCAACCUUGUGUCUCACUCUUUAUACAUGUUACAUGCUACUAGAGCUGUAAAUCAAUAAAGUAACCCUUGUUUUAAACUGAAA